GCAGAGGGCUGGAGGGACAAAUCAGAAUGUGGAGUACGUCUGUCUGUUUGCUGAGAGAGAGGGGGAAUACCGCUAACAGCAUAACAGGGAGAGAGAACACCCAUAAAACUGACUUGGACUGAUGAGAUGAGGAAUGAGCAUGCGUCCUGUCAGGAAUCCCCUGUGCUGCCUUUUGCUGGUCACGUUGCCUCUGGGAAUUUUCUUCCUUUGCCUUUGGUCGCUGAAGCCUGACCGUAUUGUCGACGUCAGGUACCGGCUUCCUGGGAUUUCCGAGGGCCAUCUGCGGCAAGGGGUUUGGGAGCCGUCUGAGAAAUAUGCCCACAUCUCCUACAAAGUCAAAGAGAUCGUGGCUGGGCUUCUUCCAAAGAAUGGCUGCCGAUGUGAGAAAGAGGAGCCUGUGAUAAAUGUCCCCUUUGCCAAGCACCUUUUCCGCCAGGUUUCCGUCCAACAGUUUGAGCAGGUCUUCAAAGAAGCCCAACGGGAGGAAUUGAAGAAAAGGAGGGAACAGGAGUAUCAGCAAUUUCUGCAAAGGUCCCAUUCCUCUGCCGACGUCAUGAUCAUCGCCAAAGCCAACACCCCUCUGGAAUACCCCACGCAAGGGCUACAUGUACAGCCCCUCAAAACCAUCGUCAUCCCAGGUUUAAGUUUACAAGCUCCGUCUAGGAAACUGUAUCGGGUCAACCUGACGGCGACGCUGGGAACCUUUGACGUGGCAGCCGAGGUGGACGAGGUGACGAUCCAAGGCGAAGGGCAGGUGCACAUGUCCCUGUCGAGCCCUCGCCUCGACAACCUGAACCGGCAACUGCAGUUCGUCACCUACAGCAACACCAUCUUCAACCCCAACACGGCCGACACAGUGCAGCUCGAAACAGACGGACACCAGGCAUUUUUUGUCAUCAAAAUCCGACAUGCCACCAUCCCAAAACUAUACAGCUCUGAAGACCAGCCAGGCUGUAACAUCAGUGGCUUGGUGACUAUAGCAACCAAAACAUUUCUGAGGUAUGACAAGCUGAGGGAGCUGAUCUCGAGCGUUAGGAAGUAUUACCCCAAUGUCACCAUUGUCAUUGCGGAUGACAGCGACAAACCACAAAAGAUUGAAGGAGACUUCAUUGAGCAGUACUUCAUGCCGUUUGGGAAGGGCUGGUUUGCUGGGCGCAACUUGGCGAUUUCCCAAGUCACGACGAAAUAUCUGCUCUGGGUCGACGAUGACUUCAUUUUCACUGCAAACACCAAGCUGGAAAAGCUGGUGAACAUCUUGGAGAAGACAACACUGGAUUUGGUAAGAUGGCCACACCGAUCUCGGCACUAGCCAGCCGGAAAGCUU